AGUUUAAAUGUUAUCAAAAUAUCAAAAACAAUAACUCAGAUUUGUCAUUGUUUAUAUUUUUCAAUUUUACCAAGAUUCUAUAAUUUUAGGUAUUACAAUAGAUAUGAUAAUUGAAAAUGUGUCAUGAAGGAUGUCUUAAUUGUAUGCUUAGAUGGAAACUGUGGAUACGUCCGCUUUUUAUUCUUUUAUAUGCACUAGCUGCAUUAGUUUUUGUACCUUUAUUUUUAGUAAAAUCAUUAGAAGAUGGUUUCAAUAAGCACGAUCAAGAGAUACUUAUAGGCGGGGUAUUUGUAUGGGUCGCUAUACCCUUGUCUCUGUGGGAAAUUAUACAACAUGUUACACAUUAUGUGCAACCAAAGUUACAGAAACAUGUUAUUAGGAUUUUAUGGAUGGUUCCAAUUUAUGCGAUUAAUGCUUGGUUGGGACUUAUAUAUCCUGAGCAGUCGGUAGUCGUAGAUAGUCUCAGAGAAUGCUAUGAGGCAUUUGUUAUUUAUAAUUUUAUGAUAUUUCUUUUGAAUUAUUUAAACAUGGAAAUGGAUUUGGAAGCAAGUUUAGAACUGAAGCCCCAAGUGAAGCAUAUAUUUCCUCUUUGUUGUUUACCAGAAUGGGAAAUGGGAAGACCUUUUGUUUACACCUGCAAACAUGGUAUCUUACAAUACACCAUCAUAAGACCUUUAACAACUGCAAUAUCAAUUGUGUGCAAAAGUUAUAAUGUUUAUGGUGAUGGUGAAUUCAAAGCCAGCGUAGCAUUUCCAUAUUUGCUUAUUGUAGACAAUAUUUCCCAGUUCUUGGCUAUGUACUGUUUGGUGAUGUUCUAUAAAGCCAGUGCUGCUGAAUUGAGACCUAUGAAACCACUGCCCAAGUUUUUAUGCAUUAAGGCUGUUGUGUUCUUUUCAUUUUUUCAAGGAGUAUUAAUACAGUUUGCUGUUUACUUUGAGAUUAUCAAAGCAGGACCUGAUAGUGACCAAGACGGUUUAAGUCUUUCUACACGGCUUCAAGAUUUUUUAAUAUGCAUAGAAAUGUGCUUAGCAUCUAUAGCACAUCAUUACAGCUUCUCUUAUGAACAAUAUCUUACUGCGGAAUCGCCUAGUAGAGGACAAUCAUGCUUCUAUUCAUUUUUGGCUAUGUGGGAUAUGUCUGAUGUGCGUACAGACGUUAGGGAACAUUUAGGCAUUGUUAGUAGUUCAAUUAGCCGAAGAAUAAGGGGUAAAAGUAUGUAUAGCAUUCCAAGAGGUGAAGAUGAGUAUUCUAAUCUGGUAUCGCCACGUAUGCCAAAUAGCAUGCCAAAUCCGGGAUAUUAUCAAAACGAAAAUGAUGAUACCAUAAUUGUUAAUUAUGGUACCGUAAAUUCUAGUCAACCAGCUAAAGUACAUGCUAGCAGCAGUACAUAGAUUACGACUGAAAUUUUUAUAUAUUGCAAAUAUAUUCUGAAAAUAUUGAGAUUUAUUUAUGAUAGAAAUUCUACUUUUAUAUAUAAUUGAUAAUAAAAUUAUCAAAGAUCAAAAAAGAUUGAGUAAGUUAAUAGAUUUAUUAAAAAACUUCAUCGAUAUCCAUGUUUUUGCUAUUUGAGGCCUAUGAAUAAUAUCUUGUAUUAGUAUAUAUCCUUCACAAAGCUCGCUUGCAUUAUUUUCAAUCAAGAAGGGGUAUUCAAAAUAUUUUUUUAAUCUUACGUAAAAACGUAUACUUGACAUUACCUAUAUUUAGAUGGCUCACCACAAUGUUACUAGUUCUGACCAAAUUGGCUACCCCCGGGGGUUAAACCUCAGUCAUUUUUAAUUUUUUAUCUUUAAAAAAAUGAGGGGUAAAUUGGAUAGCUGAUGCUAUUUGAUAAAAACAAGUAAAUUUCUUUAAUUUCUUAUUUCUUAGACCUUUUGAUAUGUUUAAGCUUAUCAAUGUUCUUGAUUUUAGGUUCGUUAUAAGUUAAAAUAAAAGAAACUAAUCAGAAACCUAAAAUCAAGAACAUUUAGAAGCAAAGUAAUUUAUCUUUUUUUGAAGUAGUUGCAUAUUUUGAAGAUAUAUUAACACAAAAAUGAAGAAA